GUGAAAUUCAACGCGAUGUUGGCUGUCUAACAGGGAUUUUAUUUUACCCUUGUUAUGAAAAUGGAAAAUAAAAACGCAAACGAUACGAAAGAUACACAACAGAUCAUUAUUCAAUCGAAUAAUUAUAAUGUUACUGUGAUCCCAUUGGACUUUUCAAGGAAUAGACAGUACAACGGACAAAGUCAAGAAUAUAUGGAACAAUACAGAAAUCACGACGAAUACGUCCAAGGAGACGAAACGGGUCAACAAGGAGCAUUAUAUUCAGUUUCACAGAGAGUUCCGACGGUGACCAACAGUUUCACUAGCCUUUGCCCUACAUCCGAAACUAAAUCAUUUUCCAACGUUUCCGGUGAUUGGGAUCGUUCGUCCUCCACAGAACCUCCAAAGAACACCGAAAGUACAACGGAAAAACCACCAAAAGACGGCAGUACGUCAUCAUUAUCGACGACGACAGCUCCGGGGCCUUCAGAAAAUCUUACUUUGACCAAAGAAUUGUUGUUGCAAGGCCCUGUGAUUCCCAUGUGCAUUUACCUCCACAGUAACGUAGCCCUUAUGAUGGAAGUCGAAGACACCCCCACCGCAACGACCGACUUGAUUUGUCAAGCCAUCAUCAACUGUGAUGAACUUGGACUAAACAAACAAGUGGCCUCAAAUGUGUUCACACUGUGGAUGACCAGCCCUUUGCUAGGUUUGCAACUAAAGCCGAAUCAAAAGCCUUAUCGAAUACGACAACAGUGGGUCACACUUUUGGAGAAGUACAGUCACGUGUCGACCAAACGACAACAGCGAGACGAGCCGAUUCUUCGAUUCCAAAGGAACCUGUUCUAUCCCCAGCAUCUUGAAGAGAAAAUCAAAGAUCAGAAGAUUCUCGAGUUACUUUACGAGGAGGCUAAAAACAACAUCCUGGAUGGCCGUUAUCCAUGCGAAGUAGCCCAUUACAUUAUGCUGGGCGGCAUCCAGGCUCGCAUUGAGCUGGGACCCUACAAUCCGCAAGUGCACUCCACUCAUUAUUUCCGUGAGGAGCAGGCAAAAUUUUUACCAACGCACGUACGUAAAAGCCCCACGUGGACUUGGUUGCCAAUCAGUUCCAAAAACUCUGCGGAAGUGCGUCUGUUGGAACAAUUCAAAAGAAUACCCACAUCUGCAACCAACAGGAAAUUGAUGAAGAAAUAUAUGGAGUUCUGUUGGUCGCUUCCAUUUUACGGGUCCGCGUUUUUUGAAGGUCAGGUGGAACAACCAGUUCGUGGCCUGACUAGCCUUUUGACUCAUCAAGAUAUACCCGUAUUGGUGGGUAUUAACGCCAAGGGACUGUUCAUCAUAGAUGACUUGGAAUGUACAAUUUUACUUGGACUUCGGUACGAAGAGUUCAGUUGGGAAUACGCCCGCCCUUCUUUAGAAGACAAUUCCAAUUGUUAUCCUUGUCUAUUUCUGCAGUUUCUGGUACUCGAAAAUGGUGCGCGUGUUUCUAAAAUCCUACAGGUAUUUUCGAAGCAAGCCAGUCUCAUGGACACGCUUAUUACCACCUUUGUGACCCAACUGAAAGCCAAAUCGGGAGACGAAACAGAUAAUAAAUCGUUGGAAAAUCAACUUAAUAAUGAGAACGAGGGAAAUUCAGUAACACAGGGACUUGGGAACAUGGGAAACUUUCCUUCACUCUCCAAUAAACUAAGCAGGCUGACAUUGGCCACAUUUGAUGAGGACGGUCACUGUAUUGGGCAGAUGGGAUCAUGGUCUUUCAGUUACUGACAUUCAAAAUCUGAUUUUGCCAAGGCAAAAUUAUUGGAUUUAUGAUGACAUCAUUCGGAUGAUGAAUCUGGACAAGAAGCUCACAGUGGUGAAGUCGGGUUGAUUCGGCAUGUCAAGAGUUUUUUGAUAUUUUUAUUAACAUAUUCUAAAAAUCGAUAAAUGUUUUAAAUAAAUAUUACGAAUUUACUACAUAGAAAUUAAAUUUGAUAUUAAUA